AUCCGCCGCCCUCCGUCACCGCGCGUCCACUUCCGUCCCGCGGGAGGCGCCUCCCCUCCGCCGGUCGCGACGGUCCCCGGGCUGGCGGGUGCCCUCCGCGCGCCGAGAACCAGGCUUCCGGCGGCGGCCGGGUCGGUGCGCUCCGGGCGCAGGGACGCGCAGCGGCGCGGCGCCCACUCCGCGCGUGUUUGCAGAAGGGAGAGCCAGUGUGCCCGGUGCGCAGGCACAUCACACAGCCUUCGUGCCCUCACUAGCCAGCUCUUCAGGACCAUGCAUGGCGUCCACUCUUUACACAACGCAAUCACCACCCAAACGCACCUAAGUGCAGAAGAUGUGGCGCUAAAUAGAAAGCGAAAAGGAUACUUGUUUACAGGCCCCACUUCAGUAUCUCCAAUGGCUAACGAGGCUCAUCCUUGUCCCUGUGACAUUGGCCAUAAGAUAGAAUAUGGAGGGAUGGGGCGCGAAGUUCAAGUCGAGCACAUCAAGGCUUAUGUGACCAAACCCCCCUUCAACACGGGCAAGGCCGUGAUCGUCAUUCAAGAUAUAUUUGGCUGGCAGUUGCCCAAUACCAGAUACAUGGCUGACAUGAUCGCCGGAAAUGGAUACACAGCCGUCGUUCCAGACUUCUUUGUGGGGCAAGAACCCUGGGACCCUUCUAGGGACUGGUCCACCUUCCCAGACUGGUUGAAGACUAGAGACGCCAGAAAGAUCGACAGAGAGGUUGAUGCUGUCUUGAGGUAUCUGAAACAGCAGUGUCAUGCGCAGAAAAUCGGCGUCGUGGGAUUCUGCUGGGGCGGAGUGGCUGUCCAUCACGUGAUGAUGAAAUACCCAGAAUUCAGGGCAGGGGUGUCCGUCUACGGCAUCAUCAAGGACGGUGAAGAUGUGCACAGUCUGAAGAACCCCACGUUGUUCAUCUUUGCAGAGAAUGAUGCUGUGAUUCCUCUCGAGCAGGUCUCUUUGCUGACCCAGAAGUUGAAAAAACACUGCCAAGUGGAAUAUCAAAUUAAAACAUUCUCUGGGCAAACCCAUGGCUUCGUGCAUCGAAAGAGAGAAGACUGUUCACCAGAGGACAAGCCCUAUGUUGACGAGGCAAGAAGGAAUUUGAUUGAGUGGUUGCAUAAGUACGUUUAGAAGUGGCGGAGGGUAAACUUCCUCAAAAUAGCUUGCAUCCAGAAAUUUGCUUUGGGAUACUUGGAUCGUUUAAUUUUUAUUGGAAAUAAAAUAAAUCCAGGAAUCCUGAAAUUCUGAUUCCAUCUGAAACAUAAAUGCAGUAGGAAAUGGAAAUGCAUGAUAUAAUUUUUAACACAUACACUAAAAAAAAAAAAAAAAGAAAAGAAAACACGGUCAGUGCCUGAAAAAUUCAAAUGGUGGGGUAAUAUUCUAUUAGUAAAAACCUAGGGCUGUUUAUGGACCAGCUGACAGCUCAGGUGUGGACUUUUUGUUCUUAAUUAAGUACGUUCUUUAAAAUGAUGGGUGUUCAUGAAGAAUAUGAACUGUAAACUCGGAUUCAAAGCCCGGCUUCGUUGGGCAUUUGUCUGUCUUAAUGUAGAUGAGUCUCAUGUUCAUGCGUUGCUGACUAUGAGAAAUACUGAGGUUAAAAUAGGGUUUCGUUGACCUAAUUGUAUCGAGCCAAUAAACUUACUUUUUGAAUGUGUGGCUUUUUCUAAAAGCUAAUAAAGAACCGUGAAUUAGAGUGA